CAAAAAAUCGAUUUAGUACGAAGAGGAAAAACGACCCCCGCGUCCAACACACCAACGACAAGGCAGAGGGAGAUUAGUAGUAGUAACGACAGUCCUUCAAACAUUACGCAGCCAAUCGUCGGACAAAACUCCAAGGUUUGGCCAGCAGAGAAAAAAAAAAGAAGUGUCAACGCUGCAAGUGAAGAUACCACAGAACGUGCAGCGCAAACGAAACGAGUGAAAUCGCAGCCUCAGUCAGUGUCAGCCCCAAUAGCACCCAGCAUCGAGAAUCGAACGUUUCCACCCCCAACAGAAAAGUGCACGGCGCCAACCGCGUCGUUGACAUCAAGCCACAAAGAGCACCAGCAGCAGCAGCAACAUUAACAGCAAAGGCAGCACGAUGGCUUUCGCCGGAUUGAAGAAGCAGAUCAACAAAGCGAAUCAGUAUGUGACGGAGAAAAUGGGCGGUGCGGAGGGCACCAAGUUGGAUUUGGACUUUCAGGAUAUGGAACGUAAGACGGAUGUGACCGUGGAGCUGGUAGAGGAGCUGCAGCUAAAGACCAAAGAGUUUCUGCAGCCAAAUCCAACGGCACGCGCCAAGAUGGCCGCCGUCAAGGGCAUCUCGAAGCUAUCGGGACAGGCCAAAUCGAAUACUUAUCCACAGCCCGAGGGUCUGCUGGCCGAAUGCAUGUUGACUUAUGGUAAGAAGCUCGGCGAGGACAACAGCGUGUUCGCGCAGGCGCUCGUCGAAUUUGGCGAAGCGCUGAAACAAAUGGCCGACGUCAAGUAUUCGCUGGACGACAACAUCAAGCAGAACUUUUUGGAGCCUCUGCAUCAUAUGCAGACCAAAGACCUAAAGGAGGUCAUGCACCAUCGAAAGAAGCUGCAGGGCCGGCGUCUCGACUUUGACUGUAAGCGUCGUCGGCAGGCCAAAGAUGAUGAAAUUCGUGGUGCUGAGGACAAGUUUGCCGAGUCAUUGCAAUUGGCCCAAGUAGGCAUGUUCAAUCUAUUGGAAAACGAUACUGAACAUGUCUCACAGCUCGUGACCUUCGCUGAAGCACUAUACGAUUUUCACUCUCAAUGCGCCGAUGUGCUGCGUGGCCUGCAGGAGACGCUACAGGAGAAGCGCGCCGAGGCAGAGAGCCGGCCACGCAAUGAGUUUGUGCCCAAGACGCUGCUCGAUCUGAACUUGGACGGCGGUGGCGGCGGCCUCAUUGAUGACGGCACGCCGUCCCACAUUAGCUCGAGCGCCUCGCCGUUGCCCUCGCCGAUGCGCUCGCCCGCCAAGUCAAUGGCCGUCACACCUAAUCGCCAGCAGCAGCCCUGCUGCCAGGCCCUCUACGACUUUGAUCCAGAGAAUCCCGGCGAAUUGGGCUUCAAGGAGAACGACAUUAUCACGCUACUCAAUCGCGUCGACGAUAAUUGGUACGAAGGUGCCGUCAAUGGCCGAACCGGCUACUUCCCACAGUCGUAUGUCCAGGUGCAGGUUCCUCUGCCCAAUGGCAAUUAAAUCCAUAUGUAUUGAGCAUAUUUCAACUGAAUGAAUGUUGGUUUCGUCGUCAUGCGGCGUGCAGCUUGGCACAUUGCUUAAAUGCAAAAACAUACAUACGUAGAUGGUUAUAUGCGGAUUAAUAUGGUUAGAGUUACGUUUACGGCUUAGCUAGCACAGCACAUUCACGUGGCCAUACAAAAUCAAUUGAAACAGUAAAUGCAAAUGCGUAAGCAACAAAAAACAAAAAAAAAACUACGAUAGCAAACAAAAUUUAAUGCGAAAUCUUACCAGUUGGCAACACAAUAAUUACAAAUUAUUAAUUAUAAUUAAAUUAUGUAUGUACUACUAACUAAAUUUACAAUGUUACAAAAUUAAUAGUA